AAUAGUGAUAGUGAGGUCAUAUUUAUGCUAAAACUGCUUUUCCUUAAGCCUUAAAGGGUCCCACCCCUUUUGAGUGGUCUAUGCCGAGGUCGUUUAGCCAAUCAAGCGUUUGUUAAUGUAUCAACCCACAAAGCCACAAAGAAGGCGUUUCAUGCACUUUGACACUCGGAGCAUGACAGCAGCAACUCUACAACCCAUCGGUUGUCUUCCACUUCGAUUCUUUCCUCGCUUUUGACGACUGUCAUGGAGCUUAAUAAUCUUUCCGUGGUGCUGCAUUCUGCGGGAGACCUCAGGCUGGAGAAGCGCCAUGUCCAGGAGCCAGGGCCUAAUGAGGUGUUGCUCCAGAUGCACUCUGUGGGCAUCUGUGGCUCCGAUGUGCACUACUGGCAGAACGGUCGCAUCGGGGACUUUGUGCUCACAAAGCCGAUGGUGUUGGGACACGAAGCGGCGGGUCGGGUGGUCAAGGUGGGCUCGGCGGUCAAACACCUUCAAGUUGGUGACCGAGUUGCCAUUGAGCCAGGUGUGCCCCGAGAGAUGGAUGAGUUUUUCAAAAACGGACGCUACAAUUUGUCCCCGACCAUCUUUUUCUGUGCUACGCCGCCCGAUGAUGGCAACCUGUGCAGAUACUACACACACAGUGCCAACUUCUGUUACAAGUUGCCUCACAAUGUGACAUUUGAGGAGGGCGCGCUGAUUGAACCUCUGUCUGUGGGCAUCCACGCCUGUAGCAGGGCCGGCGUGACCCUCGGCAGCACCGUGUUGGUCUGUGGUGCAGGGCCAAUUGGUUUGGUGUGUCUGCUUGUGGCCAAGGCAAUGGGAGCUGCACAAGUUGUCAUUACAGAUCUCUUCCCCGAGCGUCUGGCCGUGGCCAAGGAGUUGGGUGCAGACUUCCAGCUGGUCGUGAAGAGGGGGGAUGAACCCCAGCAGUUGGCCAAGAGGGUGGAGGACAUGCUGGGAGCGCAGCCAAACAUCACGACUGAAUGUACCGGUGUUGAGAGCAGUGUUCAGACUGCCAUCUAUGCGACACGCUCAGGGGGCGUGGUGGUGAUGGUGGGUCUCGGAUCGGAGAUGACCACCAUUCCUCUUGUCAAUGCGGCCAUCCGAGAGGUUGACAUCAGAGGCGUCUUCCGCUACUGCAACACCUGGCCGAUGGCCAUCGCCAUGUUGGCGUCGGGAAAACUGAACGUGAAGCCGCUGAUCACUCACCGCUUCCCCCUGGAGCAGGCGGCCCAGGCGUUUGAGACCACACGUCAGGGUGUGGGGAUAAAGGUCAUGUUAAAGUGUGACCCGAAUGACCAGAACCCCUAAGCUGAUCCAAAGCAGUGAAAGACAGUUAAGUUACAGUUUAUUUUUGUCCUUAGUUGGAAAACCCCCCCCAACAAAAACACACCCAACUGCUGGGUUACCGAUUAGUGAUGCAUUUUAUCCAUUUCACUACUUAUAGUAAACAUUAUUUUACACAUUUUUCAUCAUAAAAUUGAAUACUGAUAUGCAAAUCGAUUUAGUUCAACUUUGAUUUUACACAAUUUAUAUGGUACGACGCCACCUGCAUUGCUUUCUUACCGCCAGAAGGGGGCAUUAGAGCGUCAAAUUAACAUAUGCACAAACCAGGGGUGUCCAAACUUUUUUCCACAGAAGGCCACAUAUGUUUGGAAAUGAUACGUUUUUAAAGCUGCUGCAUGUCACCGGCUUAAGAUGAUAUUUUUUUCCCCAAUCAAAAAUGAUAACACACCACCAACUGCUAGCAAACGCUACCAAAAGUGGUGUAAGAGAACAUAAUUCACAAAAGAAAGUCUAUAUUUUCAAAAGUAUGAGUUAAAUCGCAUACAAAUUGGCAAGAAUCGAAAGACGAUUGGUCACUCACUAGUCAGCGUGCGCGUGUGUUAAGUCGGGCGUAGCUUACAUACUCAAAGCAGGAAGAGAGCGGGAUUUAAUGCUUGUAGUGCAUUUCAAAGUUAUUGCCCUCGAGACAACCGCUCUCGGUUUAAAUUAAAAAAAAAAAAAAAACUUGCAUGCCAGCUUUGUGUAAUCAGCAUCAACAUUUCAACGGUUUCUCUUUACAUUAUGCCUUUUUGCAAAUGUUCUCAUUUGAUUCAUGGCCCCCGGGCCGCACUUUGGACACCCUUGGCAUCGACUUUGUGAAGAUGAUUUCAAAGGAAAGCACUACAAGUGGGUAAAAUAGAACAAUAGACAUCCCACACUUCCAAACAAUGAAUGAAUAUUUCUAUUACACAUUGGUUUUAUGUUGUUAAGGGUGGGGUAAAACUGUGCUUGAAGACUGUAACAACACCUUUGACUUAAAAAUCAAUCAAAUAAAGCCCAUCAAUUAGAAUAUUAAACAUAUUGUCUUGGUACUGUGUGUAGUUGAAUGCAGACUGAAACGUACCUGCGUUGCUUUCAUGAUUUGUUGUGCAAAGUGUUUGUUUCUGUAGUAUUUAUAGGGCCUCAACAUGGCUUAAAUAUGUUAUAUAUUGUUUGUGAUUAUGUUCUACAUUGUUCGAUUUUUGAAAGCGAACAGUAAAUUGGCAAAAAUGACAUUUUUAGUUAAUGGAUGAAUUAGCUCUCGCUGCUCAGUCUCAUUUCCUGAAGUGAUGUCAUCUGGGUGACACCUCUCCGUGAAAGCAGAGUAAACCAAGACAAAAAUGGACGACGUAAGCACAGAGAAUGAGAGUUUUGUUCUUUGCAGUGAUCAUUUCACUGAUGACUGUUGUGAAGGAACACCUUUUUACAAGAAGCAUUUGGCUUAAAAGUACAGUGUAAACGCAUUUUGAAAAAGGAUGCUAUUCCGCCGGUGGAAUAGUACUGGCCAGUACACAGGAAAAAAAAAAAAAAAAGACAAGAAGAACGACGUCAAAGUUGCCACGGAACAGAGAAAGUAAUGUCUUGUUUACAUAAUGUCUUCUAAACACUAUUCCAUGAUAGCGACAAGGCUGUGAAGUAUUAUACAUGUUAUAUAAACAAGAACUGAAACUGAUCUUCAUCUCUGUGUCUUAAGUCCAAGUUCUGCAAGUUCUCUUAUUUCAUCUCCAAAUGUGUCUCCCUACUUUUCUCCUCAAAAGCUAUUGACACAUCGCUCAAAUCUUUGCUAUAAGCACUGUAAACAUCCUCUGUCUUGUACACUCGUGUAGCUACUCCGAUAGCGUCACUUCCGGAAAUGAGACUGAACAGCGAGAGCUAGCUUGUCAUGGCUGGCGCCAUGAACUAUAAAUGUCACUUUUGCCAAUUUACCAUUCACUUUCAAAAAUGGAACAACGUACAACAUAAUUACAAACAAUGUAUAACAUAUUUAAGCAAAGUUGAUAAAUAAUGUCAGGGACACUUGAAGUAUACUUGACCUUUAAUGCGCAUCAUCAACCCCAUUUCUGUUGUAAAGUAUGUACAGUAUUUCUAACAGCAACAUCAAUUGAAUCCCUUGAAAUCAUUUCUGGUGUUUGAAAUCCUACUUUACUAAUUUAUUUACGUAAAUAUGGCAACAUCGGAGGGAAUUAUGUUAUGAAUUUUUUACGUAGAAUACAUGCAAGUAGUACCCGUAGAGUUACACUUAGUCUCACUUACUGUUUUCGUAUAUUUUCGUGUCACAAUAUAGUCAGGUUUUGGUUCUUUGUUAAGGCUUCAUCAUGCUACAGCGUCACGGCACCGGCAUAAGCUUCGUCGGCUAGCUCCUCCCCAGACGCUUCCGGCGGAUGCACACCUCCAAAAAAAUUCUAACCUAGCGUCAACGGCAAAAUGGACCGCAGAGUUGUGUUUUUUGUCUUUUUGUUUUCUGUUUCCACCAAAAGAAACAAUGGUGCAGAUUGAGGAGCGGCUCAGUGAACAAUGUAGUACGCAAAUAUGAUUGUGGGUACAAAAAGGGCUCAUGUUCAGGCUCCAACAUGGACCUGGAUGUCACUUCAGUCGCCAUUAUUCACUACUACUACUACUACUACUACUACUACUACUACUACUACUACACAGGAAGCUAAAUAGCUAGUCAACGAGACGUGUGAUGGCUCCCUCUCAGGAAACCACUGCCCUCUAGCGUUUUGGGAGAGAAUUGGGCUCAUCCCCCGUCGAAGAGCUUAACAGCAUCAAGACUGUGGCUGCAGUUGCGACUGGGUGCUUUGUGUUGCUGUGGUAGGCUAAAUUUGAGCCGUUUCGGUGGUAAUCAAACUCCUUCUUACCAAGACAGCAUAUGACUCUAGCAUCGCUCUUCAUCAACGGUGCCGUCUGAGCGAUUCUGAAAUAUACAUUUCCCAUUCAUUGAACCGACAGCUCUCUCAUGCUUCUCCGUUUCCAUGUCUCCUCCCCGCUACUCACCUUGCCCUCACAACUACAACGGGAGCCAUUCAAGCCCAAACGCCAUGACAGCCAAGCAAAUCAAUGUUCUGUAGUUUUGAGGCGGUCUGAUGUUAUUUAUGCAUGUAUUCAUGUAUGACGACUUCAUAUAUUUUGAAUUGUACAUUUUUUGCCACAACAUGAGGGCUAAGCUCUCCCUUGCGUGAAGUAGAUCCAGCCCAAGACAAUCAGCCAGGUUUAUCUCCAGUUUUAUUACCUUGCCACAAUGACAUGAUACAUUACGAGGCAUGCACACAGAUCAUGUAAUAACGCGAUUAAAUGGAAUACAGUGCAUUGUUAAAAGCCUUUCUCUGUGUGGUAAGGCCCUUUUUUCCUGUCACAGUGUGAUUCUUAGUUCCUCCCUCCCAGGAUCCAAAGCCAACACACGAGUGGGAGGAUGUUUGCAGUGAUGAAACCGUCGUCUUUCACUGUUCUCUCUCUCUCGCGACAUGAUUAGCACAAUGCUUGACAAGUUUUUUUCCCAUUAUGUACACACAUUCAAAUACUUGGCAUGGCAAUGGAACAGCUCAUACUACACAGUUACAUUCACUUCAGUCAGGAACACCACAGAUCAACACACACCACAGUAAGCAGACGGAGGAAACCUUUCUCAUACGGUAACUGAUAUCAAAAGCAGACUCGAUGCAUCGUACUCGUAGUGUUACUGUCAUUUAAAUGUGUGUUUGAUAUUUAGAAAAGUAUGGAAGCCCGUUUCCGCUCAUGGAAGGGAAAAAAAAUUCCCAAUGGUAAGUCAUAAUUAGGAGAUAAGUCGUAAUUAUGAGAUAAGAAAGUCCUAACUAUGAAAUAAAAAUUCUAAAUUACAAGUUAGUCAUAAUUAGGAGAUUAAAAGUCCAAAUUAUGAGAUAUAAACUGCACAUGUUCCAAGUGUCAUGUGACAAAGGCUCCAGUGAAAAAGGCGCCUCAAUUUUCUCAUAAUUAUGAUUUUAUCUCAUUAUUCUGACUUUAUCUCACAAUUUUGACUUUAUCUCAUAGUUAAGACAUUUUAUCUCAUAAAUGUAAAAUAUAAAAUCUCAUAAUUAUGACUUUUUAUCUCGUAAUUUCAACUUUUUAUGUCACAAUUAUGACACUUGAGUUUUUUUCUCUUAAUUUUGACUUUUUAAUCUCAUAAUUUGCGACUUUUUAUCUCAUAAUUUUGACUUUAUAUCUCAUAAAUUUC